AUGACGCCUCCAACGAGCCCAGAGCAGCUCUUCGCUGAGCUGCUCUCGAUCUGGCACACGCACCGGGCGUUGAUUAUCGCGGUUGGAGUUGGUCUCGCGUUGGUUGUGCGGUUCACGAGACAGUCUAGAGAUGCUCAGGAGGAAGGGCGUGGUUCACCGGCGCCCGCUGCGGGUGUGCAGGAGAAGACGGUCGAGCUCAGGCCCGAGUGGCUCCCUGAGAACACGACUGUCGUACCGCGUGCGCUCAGCGCCGAGAAGCAUGCCGAGGACGAUGCGAGCGCGGUAGCAGUAUUUCCUAAAGCGAAGAGAGGACCCAAGACGGUCAAGGGACGGAAGACGCCGAAGAAGAUUGCAAAGCCCGUCGUCGAUUACGACCACACCACGGACAAGAUCCAGCCUCUGAUCUUCUUCCAGUCGGUCACGGGCAGCACCGAGAGACGUGCUAAGCGGGUCGCAGAGCUGUUGACUGCGUGGACGGCUGGCUGCGACCAGGCUGCGUCGUUGCUCGCGCCGCAGCUCCUCGAUCUCUCGGAGGUGGACUACGACGACUACUUUAUCAGUGCGCCAAAAGCCGAGGCGAACACGAAGCACUUCUACCUGAUCCUCGCGCCGACGUACAACAUAGACACGCUGCUGGACGCUUUCAUCGAGAACCUGAGCGAAACCCACAACGACUUCAGGAUUGACACGGCAUCGUUGAGCGGACUGUUGGGGUACUCGGUGUUUGGCUUUGGAGACAAGGAGGGAUGGCCGUCGGAAGAGGAGGGCUUCUGCACACAGGCCAAGCAGGUCGACAAGUGGAUGGCAAGGCUCACGGGCAGGAAGAGAGCAUACCCGCUGGGCAUGGGAGACGUCAAGAGCGAUGCCGAGGACCGUCUGACUGAGUGGCGUGUCGGGGUGCAAGAAGCGCUCGUGGAGAUUGCCGAGGGUCGAGGGCUGGGCGAGGGUGUGCUCGGCAGCGGCGACGCCGUCGAGAGCGACGAGGAGGGUGUGGACGAUGGCGACAGCGGCGAGGAGACGCGGCGGGUGGACGACGUUGAGGAUCUGGGCGGCAUGGCUGAUGGAGCAGCGGCACCGAUCCCCGUCGACUUUACGAAUUACAAGGGAAAGCCUAGGGUCAACGCUCCCGCGGCGCCGAAGCAGAUGGUCCCCAUCACAUCUCCCACCCACGCCGCGCUUACGAAGCAAGGAUACUCGAUCAUCGGCAGCCACAGUGGGGUGAAGAUCUGCCGGUGGACCAAGUCGGCACUCCGAGGCCGCGGGUCAUGCUACAAGUACUCGUUCUACGGCAUCGCAUCGCACCUCUGCAUGGAGGCGACGCCAUCGCUGUCGUGCUCGAACAAGUGCGUCUUCUGCUGGCGGCACGGCACCAAUCCCGUGGGCACGACGUGGCGAUGGGUGACGGAUGCGCCCGAUGUCAUCUUCGACGGAAUCACGGCGGCGCACUACAAGAAGAUCAAGAUGAUGAAGGGCGUGCCCGGCGUGCGCGCGGAGCGGUUCGCAGAGGCCAUGCGCAUCCGGCACUGCGCGCUUUCGCUAGUCGGCGAGCCCAUUUUCUACCCGCACAUCAACGAGCUGCUGCGCAUCAUGCACGAGCAGCGCAUCUCGACGUUUAUGGUGUGCAACGCACAGCACCCCGCACAGCUGGCGUCGCUGAUCCCCGUGACGCAGCUGUACGUGUCCAUUGACGCAUCGAACAAAGAGUCGCUGCGCAAGGUCGAUCGGCCGCUGCACCGCGACUUCUGGGAGCGGUUCUGCGCCUGUCUCGACGUGCUGCGGGCCCGGCGGUUCGAGCAGCGCACCGUGUUCCGGCUGACGCUGGUCAAGGGAUUCAACAUGGAGGAGGAGGUCCAGGGCUACGCGGACCUGGUGGAGCGGGCGCUCCCGUGCUUCGUCGAGGUCAAGGGGGUGACGUACUGCGGGACCAGCGCGGCGGGCUCGGCGGGGCUGACGAUGCAGAACGUGCCAUUCUACGAGGAAGUAGCGGCGUUUGUGCAGCUGCUCGAGACCGAGCUCGCCUCUCGCGGGCUGGCGUACGGCAUCGCCGCCGAGCACGCGCACUCGUGCUGCAUCCUGCUCGCCGACGGCAACCGGUUCAAGCGCGACGGCAGGUGGGCGACGCGGAUCGACUUUGAGCGCUUCUUCGCGCUGAGCGAGGGCGCGGUGCAGGGCUCGCGGCUGCAGGACGGCAAGGUGGUGGGCUGGCGGCCCGAGGACUACAUCGGCCCGGACACGCCCGAGUGGGCGCUCUGGGGCAACAAAGGGUUCGACCCGCGCGACCAGCGCGUCGACCGCAAGGGGCGACCCAGGACGGAGGAGGAAGCUCAGGCGAGCCUGAUGCAGGCGGCGCUCAGGAAAGCGGCGCGCGAGUUGUAG